AAAAACUGUCUUUCUCUGGGUGGACACCUUGCAUCCGUUCACAGCGUCCUGGAGUACCAUGGUAUUCAGACAGCCAUCAUGAGCUCCAGUUUCAAUCAUCCGUACACAUGGAUUGGAGGCUCUGAUGCACAAGAGGAGAAUCAAUGGUUCUGGAGUGAUGGGACACCAUUUGACUACACGAUUUGGGACAAUGGAGAGCCUAACAACUUGGGGGGUCACCAGCAUUGCAUUCAAAUGAAUUGUGGAGAUGCGAAGGCCUGGGAUGACGUGCAGUGCUGGACUAAACUUCCAUCUAUUUGUGCCCAGUGAACCUGAUCCCUUCACUGGCAGUGAAGCCUCAGGUGCCCCUUGAUUAGGAAAAAGGGGGUGCAAGCUUUCAAACACAUCCGAUUGUAUUUCACAUCUAUACUUUUCUUUUCUGUCGCUGUAACGCUACAUAAGGAACGAUACGACGACUGACACGAGCUGGACGGUGUUUGAGGCCUUGAGCCUCAAUAAGAGUGGUUAAGGGAAAAAAUGCUUCUAGCACAACCUUACAUAUAUUCUACACAUAUUCUUUCUUUCUUUAUGCAUUAAUAAAAAGCUAGAGCAUUGAAA